GUCCGCCCUCUUUGGACUCCCGCUCGAGCCUGUCGGAGGCUCUCUGUGCUCGGAGAUCAGCGCGUGGACGGACGCGGCGCCGUCCGUUAGCCGCUUGGCGCUUCAUUUGAAGUCUAUGGCUGCGGUGACCCCUGGGAGCGCCCCGUCGCCUCUUCCUCCUCUCCCUCCUCCUCCUCAUCCUCCUCCUCCACCACCUCCUCAUCUUCAUCAUCCCACUUCUCAGCGUAUGAGAGUUCCUACUGCUCCUCCUCCUCUUCCUCCUCCUCCUCCUCAUCCCCGCCGCAGGUGAGCCCUGAUCUUCGCGGGCCGGGAGCGCGCGCCCGCAGCCCCGGGGCCAUGACUUUGAGCUCCGGCAUGUCGGAGGCGUCCGCGCUCUCGGAGGACACGGACAUCGAUGUGGUGGGCGAGGGCGACGAGGGCGAGGGGCGCGCGCGCGCCUACGCCGGCGAGGUGGCGCGCAUGCGUAUGAGUAGCGCGGACGACGAGGAUGAGCAUGGACUGCUGACCGGCUCGCCGCCGUGCGCGGACCUCUCGGUGGCCACGGCCUCCUCCGCGUGUCGGCCAGCCGGAAAGAGCGCGCUCGUGAAGCCGCCCUAUUCAUACAUCGCACUCAUCACCAUGGCCAUCCUGCAGAGUCCCAAGAAACGGCUGACGCUCAGCGAGAUCUGCGACUUCAUCAGCGGCCGGUUCCCCUACUACCGCGAGAAGUUCCCCGCGUGGCAGAACUCCAUCCGCCAUAACUUGUCACUCAACGACUGCUUCGUGAAAAUCCCACGCGAGCCGGGUAACCCGGGCAAGGGCAACUACUGGACGCUGGACCCGGAGUCGGCCGACAUGUUUGACAACGGUAGCUUCCUGCGGCGACGCAAGCGCUUCAAGCGGCAGCACGCGCCCGAGUUGCUGCGCGAGCACGCUGCGGCCGCUGCAGCUGCCGCUGCGGCCGCUGCUGCCUUCCUGCCCGGGCACGCGCACGGGCCCUACGCCUACGGACCUUACGGCACUUGCGGGGGAUACGGCCUCGCGCUGCCGCCUUACCACGCGCACUCCGCGAUCUUCGCCUUUCAGCAACAACAGCAACAACAACAACAGCCUCCACCUCCUCCACAUUCGCAUCCUGCGCCCAGCCGCCACGGAGGCACCCUCAUCCCUGCACCUUCCCUCAUGCCCGCCACGGCCGAGCUCGCACGCUCACGCUUUUACCCACCCUUGAGCCCGCAGCUUUCGUCGCCUCCUCCACCAAACGUGCACACUGCCCCUAAAUCAUCUCCAUUCUCCAUCGAGAGCUUAAUAGGGAGCACUGUGCAGCAACAACAACAACAACGGACUUCCCCCGGGGUCCCGGGACCACCGCUCAUUCCACAGCUUUCCCCGGGAGGCGCGAGUCGUGCUGCGGCCAUGCUGGACGCCUUCGCUAGCCAGAUGGUUAGUGGCACGAGUGGCUGUUAAACAAAUUAGACCUAAAACACUUUUUAAAAAGACAAAAACAAAACAGAGACUCACAAACGCGCCCUGUGUUUAAGGUAGGAUUAUUUUUGUAUCGUUUUUGUUUAUUUUUUUUUUAAACGCAGCUGAAUGGUGGACAUUAACACUUCUCGUGCCUAUAUUCAAGCUGUGAAAAAAUAUAAGAUAUAUAUUUAUGUUUAACGUUUUCGUUCGAGCUACUUUUCCUCCCCAGUCUGACUGUAAUAACGCGCAGAGCAUCUCAGGAUCAUCGCGAAGAAUUCUGCUCUUUUCUCUGAACAAAAUCUAAAAAUCUAAAAAAAGAUAAAACGCUCCAUUCUCUUAAGAACUGUCUGAAGUGUUGUCUGUCCGUGUGAGAGUGUGUGUUUGUGUGAGAGACUGAAAGAGAAUGUAAGAGUCUGCUCGGGUGUUUUUUUUAGUCUGGCGAAGCAAAAACCCUUUUCCUGUUUAAACUGUGCUUUUUAAUGACAAUUAACGAGGAACGUUGAUCGAGAGUUUUGAUGCAAUGUGUGCUUAUAUCAGUAAUAAAAUGUACCUUAUUUGGUAAGUUGUAUACUCGGAGUGUGCUAUUUUUACACAGUUUGUUUUUACAAUAAGAAUAAAUAUUGUUUUACUAAAUCAAAUUGCGUGGAAAUUA